AGAUUGGGCCUUAAACUGUCUCAUCUUAUACGAAGCCCAACCUACAUUAGGGUCAUGAUAAACCGUCCAUUCUGGUUUUUUUCCCCAGUUCUUCAUAACCAAAAUCUUCAGCAAUCGCUAAAUUUUCCAGCAAUCGAGAGAGCAGCACGAGUGAGAGAGAAAGAGCGAUAGAGGAUUUCGUAGCGUGAAAGGAGAUCGAAGUAUUAAGAAGCUAUGGAUAGAGAAUGGGGUUCCAAGCCUGGUAGUGGAGGCGCCGCCUCCGGCCAAAACGAGGCCAUAGAUCGCCGCGAGCGUCUCCGUCGUCUUGCUCUUGAAACCAUAGACCUUGCUAAAGAUCCCUAUUUCAUGCGAAACCAUCUUGGAAGCUAUGAGUGUAAACUAUGUCUAACGCUGCAUAACAACGAAGGAAACUACUUGGCACAUACUCAAGGUAAGAGGCAUCAGACAAACUUGGCAAAGAGAGCUGCUCGAGAGGCAAAGGAUGCUCCUACUAAGCCGCAGCCACUCAAGCGCAAUGUCUCAGUUCGCAGAACAGUUAAAAUUGGUAGACCAGGGUACCGGGUAACAAAGCAGUACGAUCCCGAGCUGCAACAAAGAUCUCUUCUGUUCCAGAUUGAAUAUCCUGAGAUAGAAGACAACAUAAAGCCAAGACAUCGUUUCAUGUCAUCUUAUGAGCAGAAAGUUCAACCUUAUGACAAGAGAUAUCAAUACCUUCUAUUUGCUGCUGAACCAUAUGAAAUCAUAGCUUUCAAGGUUCCUAGCACAGAGGUUGAUAAAUCAACCCCAAAGUUUUUCUCUCAUUGGGAUCCAGACUCCAAGAUGUUUACUCUGCAGGUGUAUUUCAAGCCGACUAAGCCAGAACAAAACAAGCCUCAGUCCGCUGUUGGAGCAAAUGGUCUUCCACCGCCACCACCACCCCCGCCACAAGCUCAACCGCCACCACCUCCUCCAUCUGGUUUACUACCGCCGCCACCACCUCCAAUGGCAAACAAUGGUUUCAGGCCCAUGCCAGCAGCUGGAGGUUUCGGACAUCCUAACAUGUGAAAGAGAAUCCAGCGAAGCAGUUUAAAAACACAGUACUCUUAUCAUGAUUUACUAAGAGAGAAUGUGCUCUUUGACUGAAAAAUAUCAAAUCUGUUUUGACAUGGAUUCUCAAAGCUGUGAUCUCUACAGGUGUAUUAGCUCUCUAGAUACCUUCUAUAAGUUUCUUCUAUCUGUUUCUCGUAUGUACCCUUUUGACAGGA